AUGAUCCCAGCAUGGAAAAGACUCUACAGGCACAUCAACAAACUUCUAGGAUGUUCCACUCGUGCCAAAGGGGUGUCCCACUUCACCAGACAGCAAGGUGAACUCAUCCAGCUGUUGUGUUAUGUGCAGAGAAAGCUGCACCUCCAAGGGUACAGUGUUCCUCUCCACCUCCACAGCAAAUGGACUCGACUCUCCAAUACAGCAUAUCUGAAAGGAUGCGAAUGCUAUAUCAAGAAUCUUCCAGCCAAAGCAGUGCGUUUGUGGCACCUGGCCAUCGCCGACCCUCGACCCCACCAGUCCCGUAAAAAAGGAACAUCUGGCACCGGCACCCACCACCCCUCUACAUCGUCCAGCCAUCUUCCAGAGGACACCAAGCUACAGGAUGAGACCACAGCUUCAGGUGAUGCAGAGGCAGAGGAGACGUCACUUCGAGAUCAGAUCAUUGAAGCCUCGUUGCUUGGAAUACUCUAUACCCACCUGGUGGAAGGUGACCUCCAGAGGGCGCUGGAGCUUGCGGACUUGCUCAUCACAUGCCAGAAUGUAGGGAGUGUGAUGGCCCCUGAGAGAAGGCCGGGCAGGAGACUGCCGGAUCUACCACGUAAAGAUAUGCAGAAACUGCCCCCUGCAUCGCCAACUUCAACUCCAAUUUAUGUGCCUUACCUAGCCAACUCUUGCCAACAGAGGGCAGUACAAAGCCUGGCUCGCUUUAUGGCCCUCUACUUCACCAAUCGGCCACUCUAUGUCUUCCCGCCAUGCUCGGCGAGUCCCCUUCCUCCGCUUCAUGUCCAGUCUAAGACAGAAAUUGCUGAAAGACAGAUCCAGAUAACCCAUGAGGCGGUCACCACCAACGUCCGACAGCAGGACCUCUCGGACAAGUGGACUGUCAACAUGACCCUGAACCUGUUACUGGUGUCAGGGCUAGUACCAGAGGCUGUUUGGCUAGCCCAUGAACUGGGCGACUGGAAGAGUGCUUUUGCCUUGUCCGCAGUCUAUUCCUCGCAAAUUCAGAGCCGACUCAGGACCAAAGAUUCAAGCAUCCUUGAUGAAUUUCUUGUCCUCCCACCGAACCUCUCACCCACCAAUCUCCUGAGGGAGGGUCUCAACUCGGUGCUCCAGACACCCAUCCUAGACCCUCAGGCAUCCCCUAAACCAGGGAAGAAGGUCCAGAGAGCAGGCUCCUUCUCGGGCAGCCAGCAGAGACGAGGGUCUUACGGAUCCCUCCUAGAUUCUCCUGCGAUGCCCAUCAGAAAGAGCUCAUCAGUGUGCUCUUUAGUAGAAGAGGACAAGCUUGCCCAGGUGAUGGUGAGCCAGACGUUGACGGACAUCCUGACAGCAGCCACCUUGAGCAGGCAGGACCCGACCCAUUGGCUCCUGGAGAGUAUGAUGGAGGAAUGCCUCAUUCUAGCUAAGGGCUUUACAUCCUUGGUGCCUGAAGAAUUCUACCUUCCAGCCCCACCGUACUACUGCCCACAACCAGAGUACAUUCCAAAUGACUAUGACCCUCCAGAGGUCCUUGAAGAAGAUGACAGGAGACGAGAGAUCAAUGACCUGGUGCAGCUGAUCCUGCUGGUCCUCAACGCCUCUCACUGCAGCAUGCCGUGUGCCAGAUGGUAUGUGGAACAGCUCAGAGAAGUACAGGUGAAGGAGAAGGCUUGGAAGACAAAGGAAUCAUCAGUUGAACUGCCAGCACAGCUCCAGGCCCACCUGUCAUACCCAGUGGACAUUCUGUCCGGUUUGGAUGACCCUAACAAUAACCUGGACAGCAACGCGAAGGGGUCAGUCCUGAAGUGCUUCAGAGAUCUCUGUUGUCUCCUCUGGAUGUUGUAUGUGAGGGACAAGCUGUCUCUGGCUGUUCGCAAGUACCAGACCAGCAAGGAGAGGUCAACACAUGUUCAGCAAACUGCUGAUCCCAAGGAACAUGAGAAGACAGAGAAAUUGCUCAAACCUGUUCUAGACUGGGCUGAGUGCCUUUACCCUUUCUCAAGAUUUCUUCAGCUGGAGAAUGAAGUUAAUGACAUCCUCCUCACAGCCAUCGCAGAGCUUCCUCUCACGAAAGAGACAGUUUCAAUUCUAGGAAGGCAUUUCUAUGACAUCCGUGACCUUCCACUGUUCCUGGAGGACAAAUUUGGUCGCCUUAGGGAGAAGCUGAGGCGCAAGAAGGUCCCUGUGGAUCAGAGGCGGAACAAAAAGAAAGAAGGGAAUGAGGUCCCAGAUGGUGGAACAACACCUGUGGUCUUUGAGACAUUGAUGGCUCACUACAAGAGGCAGAGCAAGAAGAGGAUGCUUGAGCGGAACAACCGCAAAUCUUCCUUCAGAAGUUUGGACGACAGUGUCUUUGAGCUUGAUGAUGCUACAGAACCAAGAAGCCGGAUUGCAUCUAAAGGAGAAGACGAUUCUGUAUUUGACUCAACAGCGGGAAGUAGUGCUGCCACUCCUCAGAAGGAUGAUGGAAAUCGUCUUAAUUCCGAAGAAGCAAGGUUGUUUCAAGUGGGUUCCAGGGAAUUUGAAGGUAACUCAGCUUACCUUCACUUUCUGGAGACCUUCUUUCUGGUGACAUUUGGAAAACAAGUCCAAGAAGAUGCAUUCAUGUCCCAGACAGAACUUCCCUUGAUUAGGUCUUUCCAUAAGCAGGUCCUUGAUUCAGAAAUCAAGAAGAAUGCUGGUAGAGCCCCGCAGAAAUCCAGUUUGCCAGUGGUAAAACCUAGUGAUCUGCAGUUUGGAAAGGGUCUUGAUGUUACCAUAGAGCAGGAUGAAAUUAAAUCAGUCCCUUCCAAAAUUCAUGGCCCAGGACUGUUUAAGAAGUUAUUUGGUGGGCCUCUUGAAAAGGAGGUGGUCAUGAAUAUACCCCGGUUACCUCUUCAGCGUAGUAACAGUCAAAUAAGUUUGACUGGAUCUGUAAGUGAUAGUCCUAGAGGACGGAGGGAAAGACCAUCUUCAAAGAGCAGGAACACUGUCCAACUGAAGAGAAAGAAAGAGGACACCUGCUUUACAGGCAUCACUGCUACUGACGGAUUUAAGCCAAUUAGAUUAAACUUUGGUAAUGAAUUCCAGCAUCUUGGAAAGCUUGUGGACUGGUUGAGUAAAUGGUCAGGAAGGCAACCUUCUAAGGGAUUCCAGAAAGUGGACAACUCUGCAGAAGAGUCCAAGGUAGUCAUGCAGGUGAAACUGCCCCAGCAGCUGAUCCUAAUAAGUGUGUGGCUCCUGCUACAGGUGUAUGCUUCCGAUACAUUACAAGUUGAAGAAAGAGAUCAUGUGCAUCCAUCCCCAAGGGAUGAAGCUAUUCAUGGUAAGGUGCAGUUCUCCUUUUCAGGAAAGCGUACAGCAAAGAAGGAUUCUGCAUUGUCUGGGAGACAUCGCCAUUCUGGAAGAAGGAAGAGAGUCUCUUCCAUCAGCAGAAGAGAUAAGAGUAAACCAAGCGGACGUGAGAAGGAUGAUCACCUUCCAGGAGAGGAUGUUUCACCAGUAGACCUGUCAAGACCCAUCAGUGUUAGGAAUAUACCUGCUAUUGUUAUCGAGAAGUCAGGUUCUUCUGACAAUCUUGUUGACUCGGUUGUAACAGCUGCAGCACUCAAUGCAAAUGACAAUCAUCCUUUAUUGGAGAGACCGCCAAGUGAAGUGGGAAGCGAGUUCAUGGAUGACCAUGAAGCCACCAAUGGCAAAGUAAUGACUACAGAGGUUAAGGAUACCAAAAAGAAGCGUAGGCAGCUGCCUGUAGUGAGUGACGAAAAGCGGAGGAAUUCCCCAAACAUCAGCCAGUUACUCAAAGGAAAGAUUGCACUUCCUAUCAAAAAGAAACCUAAAUCAAAGGUCAAAUCAGUAGAUAAAGAGGAAGGAAAGGCUUCAAAAAAGCAAACUCGUAAGAAGAGAAGCAGUAGCGACCCUAAAAUGAUGAAUGAUGUCACUGAAUAUGAAAUGACUGAUUUGGGCUCUGAGAGGAACAAAACUGCCAGGAGAUCUGAUGAUAUUCCCGAAGCUACCAACCAAGGUGCACCAGGCUAUGUAGACACUGCAGAUGCUGUUGGCAAACUGCAUGUGGAUUCAGGGAGCAACUUGCUUGGAAUCAAUGAUGAUACUCUGCUCUCUGAUCCACACUCUGAGGUAGCUUCAAAUCAUAGCCUCACAACUGAAUCAGCGGGUGGAGUCAACAUGAGAAGGAGAUCUUCCGUAGAGAUCCUGAGGCGCAGUCCAAGUGGAGGCGGUAUCCUCAGCAGCGAAGGCCAUUUCUACCAGAGUUCUUCCAGCACCAGCUCUCCAGACGUCAGCUCUCUGGAGGAUUCUACUGAUGAUGAAGGUAACCUGGGUCCCCACCCUGGUACAAGGUCUGAUCAAACACCCAGAGAGAUGAAAGCUGAGAUGAAGAAUGCAAGGAAUGCAAUGGAAGAAGAUGAGGAGGGUCGCAGGUUACCUUCAGACAUGCAACGUGAUGUCAAGAAGACCUCUCAAGCUCAAGCACCCGUUGUAGGAGGAGGGAAAAAGAAGAAUGGUGAUAUCAAGAAGCUAGUCAGAUCUGAAGUCAAAAGAAUAAUGGAGGCACAACACCAGUCGAUGAUGAGUAUGCUUGAUACAGCAGGGACAUUGAUACUGAACAACCUAGAGCAGACCACCAAUGGACAGCAGCAUCACAACUCCAAUGGUUCCUUGUCUUCCAAUGAACUUGAAAGUCAUCAGAACAGAAUGGAUCAAAUUCUGCAAGUGAGGCAUGAGCAGCAGUCAAUAGCAGGCCCUUCAAAUGUGACAGAAACAAAGAGGAGUCACGGUGUUGGAGGGGAAAGUUUCAAGGGCAAGCGUACAAAGGCUUAUGAUGGGGAAGGUCAGUUUGGAAUGGGUGCUGAUGUGGCUGUACAGGAGAGUGCAGGAACUAAUGGAGUGCCUCCUUUGAAGCUGGAGGACCUGGCAAGCUCUAGGGAACCUCGUUACCACCAAGGAGGAGGUCAGCAGUCUGUCAGAAACAUUCCAGGAAUGAUUACAGAAUUUCCACUGCUAACGAUACCGAAAGACAGCGGGAGAGGUCGAGAGGGAGGUUUGGGCGUGGUGGGGGGUAGCGAGUAUGACUUGAUACCCACCAGGGAAAGGGACAGUGCAAGGGCUGCACUUCCUGACAGAAAGGAUAUAGUGCUGUUAAGAGUAUUACCAGAAAGGACAGGUGCUUCCUUGCCACCGAGGAGGGGUCCAACCGAACCACCACUGUACAAGCAAUCAUUUACUUAUGAUACUCGGACACCACGUGGCCAAACACACUAUACCCCUUCAGGAAUACAACCGCAGAUAAUCGGUGGGAUGCCUUUGCUCAGAAUCCUUCCAGAGAAAGAUUAUAAACUUCCUGUCCCUCAUCACUCUAAUCUCCCCUACUCACAAAUGGCUCAACCCAAGAUGAUGCAUCCUCCAAACCCGAUUGGUCAGCAUGGCCCACCUGGGCACACUCCACGUGAAGCAUGGGGGAACCCGUCGGCCGCAGGGACAAAUUCGGCUUACCAUCCUCAAGGCAAGAUUGACAUUCCACUGUUGGGGAUUGACACGAACAAACCGUUCCCAGCAGCGCCUCAGUUGAUGCAUCAAGUUCCAUUGAAUAGCCAAGUGCAGUCAGAGUACCAUACCAAAACAGAAAGAACUAGAAUAAACCUCCCUCUCUUAUGUCUGAAAUACCCUGAACCGCAACGUCCAUUGCAACCAAACUUUCAAAGGCCUCUUCAACCCAAACUUCCAAUUGUUUCUCCGGCGGAGAUCCUUGCCUACCAACAAGAGAAAAGGAGGCGAGAUCUAGAGAGGGAGGAGGAAUUAAGGAAGCAAAAUGGGGGACCUAUGCAACUCUUACAUCUGGAACCAGAACCAACAGCAGAUGUACUUGCAACAACCUCUAGGCAGAGGAGAAGAGAGAGAUUGGAAAGCAAAGAAAACGAUCCUAGAUCAGCACUUGAGCCGGGAGAAAAAGAUGCAAAGAUCAGAAAAUCACAUACCCAACCCAAAGACAACAGAAGAGGCAGAAUAUCUUCAACGGCUGAUGACUUGAUCUUAAAAGAAAUUUUAUCUGAUGAGGAGGAGGUGAAGCAGACACGGCGUCCAAAACCUUCUCCAAGAGGACGGGUUGUCAUGGUGAUGCCCAAAGAAGAUGAGACUGUGUCUUCAAGGCAGAGAGUAGAUGAGAAUGAGGAGGUUAUGCUAGUGGGGUCUGAUAACAAGAUGCAGUCGGAAGGCAUACAGAGACCUGGAGUAGCCAUGCAUGAUGUAGAGACUCAAGUUUCUGCUCUGGGAGCGGGUUAUGCCUUAAAACCAGGAUCUCAUGAUGAAGCUCUCGAAGACCACGAUGCUCGCCCUCUGUAUCCAACCUCUGCUCAAAUUCACUACGAGACCGUCAUAAAGCUCCAACAGCCCCCUCCAGCGGUCAAAACAAGAGAGGCUGAGACGCAGAUGAAGGAUUUGAGGGAAGCAGGCACAUCGAUGGAAGGCAGAGAAGGCUUGGAUAUCAUACAGGAAAGGCUUGCCAGAGGAAGGACUGACCUAUCGAGAGAAGAAGCCAAGCCGACACUGGAAGAGGCUGAGGAGCAGUAUACCCAAGCAGCGACGGGUCUCAACAAAGCAGGGAACAUUAUCGCACCGGACAUCUUCUUCGGACUCCGUUUCAGAUCGGGAGAAGAGCAGGCAUCUAAAGUAGGGCCAGACACUGGGCAGCCAGGCUCAUCAGGGAGAGAUUUCAUUCAUGUUGCUGAUAUCAACGCAGAGGAUGUGUUCAGAGAUAUACCUCUGAGGAGAAGAAGAGAGGAUGAUGAAUUCCAGCAUCCCGAGAGAGACGGCUCACUCGGAAGAUCACCCGGUGAGAAGGAAGCGAAGAGGAGGAGAGGAGAUGGUGCACAUGAUACCAGUGGUGAGCAGGAGGAGGACGAGGAUCAAGCAACAAUAGCAGAGCUGCACUAUAACUCCCUCUUCCACCGGGAUGCUGUCCCUGCAGAUGGUCUUGCUCUGCUGGAGGAGGAUGGGGAGGAGGAGAUGGACGGAUCGGAGAGGAGGAAGAGGAUUGGUGAUGAGGUGACAAGGAAACUACUGGAGGCAAAGCUUGAUAAAGCAGAGAGAGGAAUGAAAGUUGCGUCAGAGGUCGGCUCAUCUCGUAACCAAUCCAAAGAUCGCAUCCAGCAUCAGCUAGCCCAGAUGAAUGAGAGAUUAGGAGCUAUUGAUGAGGUCUCCCAAUCCAUGCAGAGGGAUUUCAAUAAUACCAAACUGCUGCUUCAUACCGUUGAGAACCUGUCAGAUGCCAUGGCCCAAGGACCAGCCGACGCAAGGCCAAGACCAGACUACUCCCUGAAAGAUUACAAAGGACCCAAGACUGAUGCAAGCCCUGAUGCCCCACCCCCUUCAUCCGAUCAUCGCCAUGGUGAUGAAGAUGCUUGUCAGAAAGAUGAGAGAAGAAAGGAUGAGGCCAGGAAGGGGGAUAAGCAGAGUGAUGUAAACAUUAAAGAAGAGGAGAAAAGGGAGGAAGAUGAAAAGGAAGAAAGAGGGGAAGAUAAGGAGGAUGAUGCUGAAAGGACAUUACUGACGGAAGGAGACUUGACCCUCGGUAUCUCUGGUAUCAGUGGGGUCAGUGACAUCAUUGCGGAGGUCAUCGCCGGGGACGAUGUGGACGCCGAUGAGUUUGGACUCACAGAACGGCAGAAGAGAGCUGCCAAGAAACGCGUUCAGACUAGGCAUGACAGCUUCAAUGAAGAGGACUUGGCUGACAUACCGCUCACCAGCCUGACGGACAGACAACUCCGUCAGCUCCUCUCCCCUCGAUCAGCCGCCUCCCCCGAGGAGAAGACUAAACCCUGGCCCUUCGCUGCCAAGCCCGAGGGACGCUCUGCAGAGGAAAGACAGAAGAUCAAGGAGUGGAUGGAGAGAAAGAGAGCACAGCAGAUAGAGGAAUAUAAGAUGAAGAGGGGAGAGAAGAUAGAGAGGGAGCACAAGCCGUUCAGACAGAAAGCGGACCCUUUGAAGCAGAUUCCAACAUCAACCAAAGAAAUCAAAAGAGCAGAGGAAGAGAAGAAGACCAAAAAACAAAUCAAGACUCGGGAUUACCAUGAGGAUAGAAUAGCUCAGGCUAAGGACCUCAUGGGACAGAUCUUUGAGGACAAGCCCAGCCUGCCUCCAAGACCCUUGAUAGAGCCACGGAAAGACCGCUCCAACAAGCUGAGAAAGCAAGCAACAUCUUCGAUGCGAGGCACAGCUACUCCAACAGCCAGACAUACUCAACGUCCAUCGUCGAGAGCGGCAGCAACUCCACAACCGUCGGUAAGAACUGCUGCAACACCGCAACCCAGAACUGGUGCCGACUCCAGGAUGUCGUCAACUCGGCUACUGGGUGAUAGAAGUAAUGUGGUGAGGAAUGAUGGGCGAGGUCAGCAAAGUGGAAGGCCACUGCCCAAGGGGACCUACAUGUUCAUCGACAGUGAGGCCUACAGAGGUCCUGCAGCGGAAGGCAACAGACGUGCAGAUGAUCAUGAACACCACCAAGAGAGAGGACAAAUUGAGGAUCGGCGACAGGAGCAUCCUGCAUACAGAGGUAGCACUGACAGGAGGCCACCAGGAAGAUCGCUUCGGGCUAGCAUGGAACGUUCUGUCCACUUUGUAGACCCUAGACGGUCAAGCGAGGAUGACCUGCAGCUGGUGCUUGCAGAAAUGUCUGACCUAGUCACACCGCGUAGUGAAGAUGAUGAGGAUGACCAGGAGAACGCUGGCAGCCAUCAAGAGCUGGAGUCUGCAACUGGGACGUACCAUAAACCCAAAGCGUUCACAGAUGUUGUCAGGGUACAGAGACCAGAGGCCACCAGGAAGAGGGAAGGAACUCCGAGGAAAGCAAAGACGUACACUGAUAUGCUGCAGGAGAUGAAGGCUGAAGUCACCUCCAGUAGGGCACCAUCAUCUGUCAAGUCGAAGCAACGAUUGUACGGCUCCACAAGAUUACCAGGGUGGAAUAAGAACAGAAAGCAGUACACAAAGACACCCAAGACAUACACAGAGAGGCUAGCAGAGAUGAGAGGCGCCCAAGGCAGUGGGGGUCAGGGCACACGAUUGGUCCAGAGGCCGAAACCCAGACCUAGUCAACAAGAUAGACCAGGCACAGCUACCAUGACGAUUGGACAAAGCAGACGUCAGCAGGUGGAGAGACGAGGCAUCACACCGGAACCAGGACCAAGGUCCUCUACACCCUACACAGCCAUGCUGGCUCAACUCGGUAACUCAGGCACCCAUAGGGGCAGAGAGCCUAUCGUCAGUCCGCGUGUCAACCCUGGUAUGAGAGUCAAACCCAGAGCCCAUGAACCUGUGCCUUAUGUAGACAGACUCAAACAGAAUGCUGCAGAAGCCCCUCCAACAAAGCACAGAACUGUUUAUGGUGCAAAACCAGUGCCAACAGGAACGUACUACACCCACAAGGCGCCGCCCCUCCGCACCCCUUCACCCAGACACCAGCCGUACGAGAUGGGUACGAGACAGCCAGGGAGGGUGCAGGAUGAGAUGUCCGAUGUGAGCGCGCUCAGUCCAUGGAGCGUCUCAGAUGAUGUGAGGAGGCUGUUGGAGGAAGAUGACGACCUAGAUGAGGGUUUGGAAACCAUCACAGAGCCCCAGUACGAGAACAGUGACAUUGAAGAUCGGGAUUAUGAGGACUAUGCUGCUUCAGUCGACCUCCACGAACUAGAAGAUAUCGCAUCGGUUGGCAGUGGUAGCAUCAUGAGCAAUAUCGAUUGGGAUGCCAUCGAUCAGAUGAUCGAAACCGUCAAGUAAACAUCAUUCCUGCCACGAAAACACAGCAUCUGUUGACACUCAUGAACUGAAAGAUAUCGCUGUGGUUUGGCAGUGGUAGCAUCAUGAGCAAUAUCAACUGGGAGGCCAUCAAUCAGAUGAUCAAAUCCGUCAAGUAAACAACAUUCCUACCACAAAAACACUGCAUCUGUUGACUCUCACAAACUGGAAGAUAUCGAUUGGGAUGCCGUCGACCAGAUGAUCGAGACCGUCAAAUAAAUAUCAUUAUGACAAAAACACUGCAUCUGUUGACACUCAUGAACUGAUAGAUCUCUCUUUGGCUGGCAGCGGCAGCAUCAGGAUUGUAUUGACCUUGAUAUUGAGACUUUUAAGUAAAUGACAUUCCAAGCAUAAAAAUUUGUCAGAUUAUUUUGUAUACAAGUACCGUAUAUGGUAUAUAUUUAUUUGCGAUAAAUACCAAACAAUUUCAACACUUUCAGUGCUUUUUAUGGUACAGUAGUUAACUCGGGCUGUGUAUUGUUGAACCCCUCUUCAUGUAAAUGGAAUUCAGGAAAUACUGAGAAAUAGGGAUAAGAUUGAGACAGACGGCAAUGUCAAAAAGAAAGAAUAUGAAAUGAAUUUGGUAUGAAAAGAAAGGAGAGUUAAAUGAAGUUUUUUUUUUAAGAACCGAUUUUAGUUUUGAAAUAGUACAUGUAUGUGACUUAUUAUACUGUAUGGUACUGCAAAUAAUAAGUACUACACCCACUGAAGUAUUAUACUUAACCUCCCCCCCCCCCCCCCCCCC